GCCACCAAGAAAAGAUCCUUCAAAUGAAAAUACUAUUCGUAAUUUUUUCGCUGUUCGUGUUAUCAUCCGGAGAUGGAGGAAUAUUCAACGAUCCAAAUUGUGGUCCCAAUUACUAUGGUGACGGUGUGCGUAGACCGUCGAUCGGCCGUCUGAUGGAGUUUCCCUGGUUGGCACGACUCGGUUUUCGAAGAAAUGGGCUCAUAGAGUUUCACUUUCAAGGAACGCUGAUCCAUGAAUAUUAUGUGAUAACGACCGUGUUUGCGGCCGGAUACUACAAGGAUUCUUUGGAAAUUGUGCGCCUCGGGGAGUAUCACACAUCCACGGAUGAAGAUUGUCAGGAAAUUGGAGACGAUGAACGGUGUGCUCCAACUCCGCAGGAUAUUAAAAUCGAUCAUAUCAUUAGACAUCCGAAUUAUAAUGAACCUAGACUGGCAAAUGAUGUGGCUUUGAUCAAGCUUCAUCGACCGGCCAAUUUCAGUUCGGAGUUCGUUCGAUCCAUCUGUAUUCCAAGGGACGAAAAUUUUGCACUGUUGGAAAACGCACCGUUAUUCAUCAGUGCCUGGUGUGGAAGCACGAAAAUAGGCAUCUCGGAUGUGCCCCUUCAAUAUCGUAUGCAAAUGAUUAAUCCAUCGUCAUGUGCCGAGAAAUUGUCAUCCCAUUUGGAUAUUGAUCUACACGAGUCCCAAUUCUGUGCUGUCAUGGAUCUAGAUCAAAAGACAAAGGCCAAGGCUAAGGAUAUCAGCCUUCGGGGCAGCACUGGAGCUCCCUUGCAAAUGUUGGGCCCCGGCGGUCGCUUCUAUCAGGUAGGAAUGACCUCGGUUGGAGUUAGAAAUGCUGCCUUGGACACACCGUACGUGUUCGUCAAUCUGCUACAUCUGGCCGGCUGGCUCGAGCAAACGGUGACAAAUGAAGAGCAGAACCGGUUGAACGUGCGGGUGUCCUGAGAGUGGCACGUCAACGAUGGGCAAACAAGACCGCAGUGAAAAUAUGUUGGGGAAAAACGUACCUACGAUGACGUAGCGAUUGGUCGAAGAAGUGGAAUGAGAAAAAAAACAGGUUUCGGUACAGUGAACCACAAUAUAAUUUGAUACCGGACAGUAAUGACGUCUUUAAACAGUUGAGCAUUGGGCAGCGAAGGGGAAUAAAUCGGAUUUGUAGUAAUUUUUGUCAUUUGAACGCCUUUGUGUAUACUAGAUUUGCCUUAUUGAAAUCGUGGUGAUACGAGAAUAAAAUAUUAA